CUUCCCUUUUGUUGCCCAGGUGAGUCACACCUGGCUCAUCACAGGCCAGUGAGGUGAGCACUGAGAGUGAGGACAGCAGACUGACUACCAGCCUCCACCGGCCAUACACACACUGCACACACACCGCACACACACACACACUCCUGCCUGAAGAGCCAUGGAUUACCUGAAGGAGAAGCUGAUGGAGAAAGUAGUUGAGGAUGCCAAGGACAAGCUGAAGGAGAAGGUGCUGGGACAGAAGGAGGAGGACGAGGAGGAGCAGGGAGGAAUCAGAGGCUUCUUUUCAUCCCUGACGGGGGACAAGGACAAAGAGGAGAAGGAGGAGGAGGAAGGAGGAAUCAAAGGAUUUUUUUCCUCAUUUCGAGAUGACAAGGAGAAAGAGGAGAAGGAGGAGGAGGAGGAAGGAGGAAUCAAAGGAUUUUUUUCAUCACUGCGAGGCGACAAGGACAAAGAGGAAGAGGAAAACGAGGGAGGAAGAAAAGGAUUCUUUUCAUCAUUGGUCGAUGAGGAGGAGGAGAAGAGAGUAGGCUUUGACGGCCUCUUCUCCGAAGCUCCGCCUCUGAUGCAGGAGCCCGGCUGUGGAGGAGGAGGUGCAGGAGGAGGUGAAGCAGAUCUCAAAGUUUCCUCCCAGUUGUCGUCUUUCUCAGACCUUGAGUUGACCGACACCCUGGGCGAUGUCGCUGCAGAGCUGUCCCAGGACAAAUAGAACGACAGAAAACCUGCAGAGCAAAUCCCAAGUCUGAAGAAAAACCCCAAGCUCUCUUUCACCUUCAGUCCAUCUAAACUCCACCUCAUCUGAGACCCGAGAAGUCUCUUCCUGUCAGGACGCAGGAAAAGACUCUUUCAGAGGUUCAAGGGCAGUUUCAUCCAAUCUGAUGUCUCAGUUGUGAAAAUUAUUGUUUUCCUGAUAUUUAUUUAAUUUGUGUUGUUUGAAUUCUGUUUUGUAACCCAGAGGGAAAAUGCAGUCCCAUUAGAGACUCAAACCUCAGAUGGGUCAAGGAAAACUUAGUGUUUACAGUAAGAAAACAUAGCAUUGAAAUAAUCUAUCUAUCUAAUAGUGUAGUACUGGCACAAGAACAUGACUAAAUGAUUAAUGGAACCACUCCUUGUAACGUUGCUCAGUUCCUGCACUAUUUCUGAUGUCCGUGCUGUUUUUGUCAAUUUUUCAGUCGUGAGAUUUGGGGGAAAUUUGUUUCUUUUGUCUGUUUUACUCAGAGUCAGAUGGAGAGACUGAUACCAUUUUCCUCCUUGUGUGUCCAGCUUGAGCACACUAACUGAGUUUGUGCACUGCAUGGCAGGGCAAAGUGAGGGAAAAACACCUUUUCAGUGAUGCAGUUUGUUUAACAUCCAGUCACAUGUGGAAGUAUCUGUGACAGAUGCUGUUCCUCCAUCUGCUGGGUGGGAUGGAGGAAGGUGAGGUGUCAGUGCUGUGCAGCUGCCAGGUGAACUGGUUCAGCUGAUUAUCUCCCAGUUCAGGCUCCAGAGGCAGCAGUUCCUCUUCUGUACACUCAGGCUCACAUACAUAUGGGGAUUAAUAACAAUAAUAUUGUUAAUAAUUUUAUUUGUAUAGCACAUUUCACACAUAAAAUGUAGCUCAAAAUGCUGUACAGCAACAGAAUUAAUGAAAUAUAAAAACAAGUGCAAUAAAACAGUAAAACAAUAAAAACCUGGAACAACAGUAAAAACUGUGCAACCAUGAAAAACAAAAC